GCGCAGCCACUGCCUUGUCAUAGGGUGUCAAGCCUUAACCACACAUUCGAGUCUCUGACAACUGACCGCCAACCAUGUCCUCCACAAACCAAGCAAGUGUCAGCCCGAUGCCCCCAGGAGUCACCAAUCCCAACUACAAACCGUUGCCAGGGCGUUUGGGCAACUUGACAGCUGCCCAGCAGCACGCACUGGAUACGCUGAGGGGGGAACUCGAGGCAGAGGGUCAUUUCGUUCCACAGAGGAUGGAUGAUGCGACGUUGCUGAGAUUCCUGCGGGCUCGUAGAUUCGACGUUGCGAAAGCAAAGGCCAUGUUGAUAGCCGCUGAACAGUGGAGAGAAGAAUUCGGGAUCGACGAUCUCAUGAAGAACUUCAAAUUCACGGAGAAAGAAAGUGUAGACGAGUACUAUCCACAGUACUACCACAAGACGGACAAGGACGGCCGACCGAUAUACAUAGAGCGCCUGGGCAAGCUGGAUAUUGAUGCUCUGUACCGUUUGACCACAAAAGACCGUCAACUGAAGCGUUUUGUGUUGGAGUACGAGCGGUUCCUCGCAGAGCGCCUUCCUGCGUCUUCCAAGGCUAUCGGACACCCCGUCGAAACUUCAUGCACCAUCCUUGACCUGAAAGGAGUAUCCAUGACCAGCUUCUACGGGGUCAAAGAUUACGUCCGUGAGACCGCUAAAAUCGGGCAAGAUCGGUAUCCAGAGUGCAUGGGUAAAUUCUACAUCAUCAAUGCACCUUGGGCAUUCUACGCUGUAUGGACGGUGAUUAAGCCCUGGCUGGACGAGGUAACAGUAUCCAAGAUUGAUAUCCUGAGUUCAAGCUACGAAGACAAGUUGCUAGCACAGAUCCCGGCAGAGAACCUACCAGCAGAUCUUGGGGGGAAGUGUCGGUGUGCUGGCGGGUGCUCGCUCAGUGAUGCGGGGCCUUGGAACCCUCAGCAGAAUGGCGAGGCAUAAUAGGUUGCUCUCUGAUCAGCAGAUACACGUGAUCACCACCUUGAUACAUACAGUAUAGAAGAGUUGUAUGUGGGUUCCCGAGCAUAAUACCCCCUUUGAAUAGGGUACGAAACUGAUUGGAUG